AUGCUGGACACCGCCUAUAGGCAGUGCUUUGACAUCGAGAAGGAACAGUGGAAGCAGGUUGCUCCCAAGAACUCCCCCAAGGGCAGGUACGGACAUAGUGCAAUUGUGACUCCGAGCGGACAGAUGUGGAUCUACGGCGGUGGAAUUAUAAAUUUGGAAACAGGGGUGGACGAGUUGGCGACCGAACUGGUCUACAUUGGUCUCAAAGAGGGCGCCACUUCGGAAUCGUGGUCCCAAGUGCAGCCUGAGAAAAAACCGAAAAAUCGCCUGUUCCACACUGCGGUCUAUUAUGAAGGUUUCAUGUGGAUCUUUGGCGGGGCUACGAAGGCAAACGCGCCUGAUAACACCUUUCUCAACGAUGUCCAUGCGUUUGACAUCGAGGCCCAUACUUGGAGCGAGAUCAGCUGCGAGGGACAGAAACCUGCACCUCGUCAAGGGCACUCGGCCGUGAUCGGCGCAGAUGGUCGCAUGUGGGUCUAUGGCGGCAACGCAUUGAGAAGUGGACCUGAUGGAUUAGAUGCCUUCUUGAAGGAACUGCAUGUCUUGGACUUGAACAAGAAAAGCUGGUCCAAGGUGGAGACUGCAGGGUUCCUUCCGGGUUUUCUUUUCCACCACGCUUCAGUGAUGGAUGCAGCGGGCCGUCUUUGGCUAGUCGGCGGUGUGGCAGCCCACCAACAAGGAUAUUCAGGAAACGCAUACUUUCUCGAUACGACAUUGGCUGAUGAUUCCUGGCAUGGGGUGCCGGAGUUCAACGACACAGCCAACCCUGACGCUCCGCCUCUGGACAAGAUGGCCUCGCGAGCCAUCAUCGAGUCUAGCGGCAAGAUUUGGGUCUUUGGUGGUAUACGUUGGCGGGGUCAUGCGUCAAAGAAAGAUUGGAGUAUCUAUUGGUUAGACAGCAACGCCCCUAAACCAACAAGCUCCACAACCUCGAUGAGUCCAAGUUCAGGUUCGGACCAAACUUCACCGUAGAACUGCCUCCUUACGCGAUGGUUCAGGCGGCGGAAAUGCCGGCGUUGUCAUCAUUGUCAUCUUGCUUUUGCUCGCUCUCGGCGGGGGUGGUGUUUUGUUCUUCAUUCACCGGAGGCGCAAUCUGAGGCUCCUGCAGGAAGUGCACGAGCCGCGGCAGGUAGAAAUUGGUGAACUCCGAAGAGCGUAGCUAUGUGACCCCUGCCUUGACAGCAGUCAGGCAGCGACAACGCUGUGGCAUGAGGGGAGCUGUGCCUAUAGGAAUGUUCAUGAACGUGUUUCGCAGGUGCCUCAUAUCAGCGCUCGCCAAGUCACAGGCCGUGUAAUUUACGGCGAAAAGCACUUGCUGCAAAAAGUGGCAUCUCGUACGGAUGAGCUGGUACACAGAGACCACCAGGACCCUCAUAGACCAUCUACAAAUCACAGCAGUGGGGAUGUUGGAAGACUCUAUCCCGUAGAGUUGUGCAGGAAAAUGCCAUUGAUGGUUUUGCAUUCUGAGUGUGAAAGUUUUAGUGUGUGUGCUCACCUAUGCUGAUUUUUUGCUUACUCAUGGUGACGUUUGGUCCCUGCAGGGCAAAGCCAUUGGAUGCCUGGGCAAAAAAAUGGUGAUGUUUGGUUAUGCUUCAUGCGCUUGUCCACCCAGCUGCUCGCAAGCUAGUUCAGCCCCUCAGGCAGAUGAGUCUGCAGGCACUGUGCAGCUGCGCGACGGCCUCUCCAAAUGGGAUGGGUGUGGAAGAUGUUGAGGAUGUUUUCUUGUUCCUUGAGCAGUGGUCUAUCGUGCAGGAUGUGCAUUUGUGGAUGCUCUUCACAAUCGAAGAAUUGAAGUCCAAUACAAUGUGUAAUGUAGUAAUGUAGUAAACCCAAUAAUAAACCAACCCUACUAAUUUCACCAGAAAUAGGUGCGACAGAUACCAUCCCAAAUUAGGUGGCAUCGGCACAACCGAGGUGAUAUAGUGUAUUUUGUGAUCACAACAGAUCGCAAGCGCUUCAGUGAUCCACGAAAUCACCCAAUCACCUCCUUACCUGAACCAUUCUGAAUAUAAUUUUAAUCCUGAUUCAUCUUGCCCUG